UUAGCUGUAUAGAGGUUGAAAGAGGGAGAAGAAAUGGUGGCGAGCCUAAAGGGUAAUAUUUUUUAGCUAAAAUAAACAGCUAAGAAAACGGGCGAGGCUUGAUUUCUUUGAGGUACACAAUCAAUUGAGUAAAUAUUAAAAUAAUUGAGGUCAACAUUACUAAGCCUGGGCCAAAACAAGCUUACCAAAUUAAUCCUUCUCAAACUGGACACUAUUUCCGGAUCAAAAAGCGAACCAACUGUUGAUCCAAUUUGCUUUUUUUGUUACUGUUGUUGUGUUUAUAAGUGUAUAAACUGUUCUUAAAAUGUAUGUGCAUUGCAUUGAUUACCGUGUUUAUAAAUUUUACAUUAUUAUUAUAUUAUCAUCAUCAUCAUUAUCAUCAUCAUCGUCUUCAUCAUAAACUGUGCUAACAUUUAUUUUCAAAUCUAAAUCUGUUGAUGUUUUUCCAAUCUCAGAGUGUCUCAUAGUUUCGCAAGCCUUAAGUUUUUCUUUUCCAGAAAUUUCCGAUUUAAUGGUUCUUCAGUGUUUAAAUUUCUAUUAGAUAAUUAAUCUAUUCCUGCUGUUAUUAAUUGAAAUCACAUCAAACCAGAGAUGAUCAUUUGGUAGGAGUUUAAUAGGAAGGAUAUUAGCCUGGAUAUUCAAGCUUUGGCAUAUCAGAUGGUCAGGUGAUUGUCACAGGGGUAAUUGAAAUGACUUGAUUGGCGAACUCUGACAAUGGUUUUAAUUAUCGUCCAUCUUCCGAUACAAAAUUCAUCAAUUUAUACAGUUCAAGUGGUGAAAGAAUGGCUGUCUAAUCUAGCGGACGAUAUAUUUGAUGGAAAAAGAAAAGCAACUUCUUUUACUUCUGGCUGACUUAAAGACAAUGAGCGAGAAAUGGUGGAAAUAAUAAUCAUAUUAUUUAUAAUGAUGAUUGUGGUGGUGAUUAGAAUAGAAGGACUGGAUUGAGAAGAAGAUUGAAAAUGAAAGUGAAAAAAGGGAAAGUAACGAAAGAGAUGAAUGCAGGAAAAAAAAGAAGCAAAAGAGGCUCUGAUCUGAUGAUAAACUUGUAUUCUCAAAUUGGCUUCGGUGUUAGAGUGGGUCUGGCCUGAUGAUAUUUGAACCAUCCUUUUCUCACUCUUUUUUUGGUUCACAAUAUUUACUACUGAACUCCCGUUUGUUUCCCGUUGUAUAAAAGAGCAACUGAUCGCAACACAAACGACAGUUCAAUCAUUUACUUCAAUCAAACAAAACCUUUCUCAUCAAACUCAAUCAAAGAUUUUAAAUCUCUCACAGCCUAAAAAUGAAAUUCACUUUGAUCGCCCUUACUUGCCUUUUCGCCGUCGCUUUUGCUCAAUAUGAAUCCUACCAAGGAGAAGCCGGUGGCUUAAGUGAAUCUGGAGCCUACUCUGGAGCUGAAAAUGCUGGAGCCUAUGAAGGAGCCGAUGCCGGUUACGGUGGUCCUGAAGGAAACUAUGAUGAUGGUGCUGCUGCCGGUUACGGUGCAGGCUAUGAAUCAGAAGGUGAAGCUGGAGGUGAAGCCGCCACCGGUUAUGGUUCAGGUGCUACCGGUUACGGUCAAGGCGCUGGUGCCGAACAAGGAGGAUAUGAGCAAUACGAAGCUUACGUUUAAGAUCUUUUAGGGCUGGUCUCUGAAUCGAUCAAUGAUCAAUUAAUACCUCGCCAAUGAUCAACUAAACAUAUCUUCUGAUUCCUCCCCAGCUUUUUCUUUUCUUUCCAUUAAUAUUGGCCUUUUUGGUAAAAAAGUUCAAAGCAUCGACACCAGCUAUGAACUCACUAUGGUCAGUUGUAUUUUCCGUCAUUAAGGAAAAUUAUAACGGACUAUCAGCGAUAAAAGAAAAAGUUUAACUGUAAUAUUCCCUGCAUCAUCUUCACCCUCCUUCAAAUCCUUUUCUUCCUCUUCCUAUUUCCCACCCUUCACUCCAACAUGUAAAUUACUUCUGUUCUAGGUGUAAAUAAAUUCAUUCAACUUCCUUUUUUAUAAACUUA